AUGAUAUGCGAGGAAGCAUAUCAUCAGCAACCACAAGGACAGAUCACGGAGCAAAUGAUGACGAUGAUGAUGGUGGAUCAACAUCAUAAUCACCAAACGAGGAAAUCACCAUUAUCUUCUCCUAAAUCACCAUCAUCAUCACCUAAAUCACCAUCAUUCAACAGCAUUAGCAACGACGAAGAGAGGUUAGAGGUUGUGAAUUUGAGUGGUAUGGCAUUAGAGUCUCUCCCUAAUCCUUCACUCAAUCUAGCUCAAAUCUGCAAGCUUGAUCUCUCCAAUAAUCAUCUCCAGACCAUACCAGAAUCAUUAACAGCGAGACUGCUCAACUUGAUAGCCUUAGAUGUUCACUCGAAUCAGAUCAAAGCUCUUCCAAACUCCAUUGGUUGUCUCUCCAAGCUCAAGUGCCUCAACGUCUCCGGCAACUUUCUUGUUUUCCUCCCCAAAUCUAUCCAACAUUGCAGGUCACUGGAAGAGCUUAACGCAAACUUCAACAAACUCAUCAGAUUACCAGACUCAAUUGGAUUCGAACUCACCAAUCUAAGGAAGCUCUCCGUCAACUCCAACAAGCUCAUUAGCCUCCCGCUCUCCAUUACUCACCUAACCUCUCUCCGUGUCCUCGACGCUCGUCUUAACUGCCUCAUGAUCCUCCCGGAUGAUCUCGAGAACCUCAUCAACCUCGAGAUCCUCAAUGUCAGCCAGAACUUCCAGUACCUCUCCACCCUCCCUGCUUCUAUCGGCCUACUAAUGAACCUCGUCGAGCUCGAUGUCAGCUACAACAAGAUCACUGUCUUGCCUGAGUCCAUCGGCUGCAUGAGACGGCUGAGGAAGCUGAGUGUUGAAGGAAACCCGCUCGUGUCCCCGCCCGUCGAGGUGAUGGAGCAGAGUUUGCAGGUGGUGAGGGAGUAUCUGACACAGAAGAUGAACGGUAGUGGCUCACCAAGGAGUCCCGGCAAGAAGAAGUCGUGGGGGUUCGGUAAACUGGUGAAGUAUGGGACUUUCAAUGGCGGAUCAAGAAGCUGGAACAGGGAAGAGAGAGAAGGGUUCAUCAUGCCUGAGUACCGUUCCAUCGACAGUCUUGCUUCGCCUAGGUAUUCUGGAAUGUUCUCCCCACGUCGUCUCUUUUCUCCAAGAACCUAUUUCAGCCGAUAA